AGAGUGCAGUAGCGCUUAUAUAUGAAUUAUUUGAUAUCUAUUUAUUAUUAGCGUCUAAUUAUUUCCAUAGUCCAUAACUGGACUAAAAUAAUAAAAUGUUUGCAGUAACUUUAAAAUUAAAAGAAAAUUUUUUCUAGUUAUAGAAAGUGAUUUAUGAAAAGACAAACAAAAUGGCAACUGAAAUAGAAACGAGCUUGCUGGUGAUUGUUCUGGAUGUAAAUCCAUUACAACGGAUAGUAAAGCAAGAAAUCAAGAUAUUAUCACAGUGUUUAGACUCCACAAUUGUCUUUGCAAACGCUCAUCUCAUGCAGUCAUCCAAUAAUGAAUUGGCAAUAAUGGCAUGCCAUGGCCACAGUGCUAAAUUCCUCUACCCUUGUGAAACCACAGCAGAAAUAAGGCAGAUGGAUGGCCAGUAUGAAAAAUUUACCAUGGUGGAACGUACGGUACGUCAGCAAUUGCAGCAGGUUAUCAACGAGGUUCCUAUGGAUGUUCCACUGAACAUAGAAAGUCUCAUCUCUGGUGCGCUCAGCAUGGCAUUGUGCUAUAUCGCUCGAUUAGAGAGAGAAAAGAUUGCUGGUCAGAAGUUGCAUCCUAGAAUAUUAGUCAUUACAGCCAGCAACGACUCAGCAACUCAGUACAUGAACUACAUGAAUAUAUUCUUCACUGCACAGAGAAUGAAUGUCAUUUUGGAUGUGUGCAGUCUGGAUCAGGAACUGACACUCUUACAACAAGGCUGUGACAUUACUGGUGGCAAUUAUCUGAAGGUGCCGCAGCUUGCUGGAUUACUGCAGUAUUUAUUGUGGGUUUUCCUGCCUGAUCCCAGUGUUAGGUCAAAAUUGGUUCUUCCUCCGCCAGUAAAAGUGGAUUAUAGGGCAGCAUGUUUUUGUCAUCAGGAGCUUAUCGAUAUUGGAUAUGUUUGUUCGAUAUGUUUAUCAAUCUUCUGUAAGUUCAGUCCAAUAUGCACCACUUGUCACACGGUGUUCAAAAUGCCAGGACCUAUGCCGAUGAAGAUGAAGAAAAAGAAGAAGAAUGUGGAUAUCGUACACUAACCUCAUAUACUUCACACACAGCGAUUAUACAUUUUGUAAAUAAAAGCAGCAAGUAUACUAAAAAAA